AAACUUAACAUAAAUAACUCAGUUCUUAUAUUAGCGUGUGUAAAAGUACGGCUUAGUAGCGACUUAAAUGACUGAAUUACAAAUAUAUCACUGUUGGACAUAGAGUGUACUACCGAGGCUGUAGAAACUGUUAUUUCAAACCCUAUCAAGUGCACAUAUCAAGGGAGUAGAGAUACAUUUUUAUUCAGCCCUAACUAGCUCAAAACUAUUAGCUUAGCUAGCUCGCAGGUGUGGUACCAUAUCCUGCACUUCCUGCACAUCCUGCGUGCCUGAGUUUUCCGGUCACAAUCUAAUUGGAUGAAUCUGAGGACCCAGCGCCGUCUGCCAACAUUAUAGUUGCAGACGUGGUUUUGGCUUGAACUGAGCACGCUCCGGAGUGAAUGAAUCCCCGCCCAUCCUCACAUUGCCACGACAACGAUGACAAUGGAAGAGAAGAACGAAGCAGAGACGGCCCCAAUGGUUUCCAUGUCGCUCUACGCCGUGAUGUACCCCGUGUUCAAUGAGUUGGAGAGAGUGAAUCUGUCUGCAGCACAGACCCUAAGGGCUGCUUUCAUAAAGGCGGAGAAGGAGAACCCGGGUCUCACACAGGACAUCAUCAUGAAGAUCUUGGAGAAGAAGAAUGUAGAGAUCAACUUCUCCGAGUCUUUAUUACGCAUGGCUGCAGACGACGUCAAAGAGUACAUGAUUGACAGGCCAGAGCGAGAGUUUCAAGAGCUGAACGAGAGAGCUCGAGCACUGAAACAGAUCCUCAGCAAAAUCCCGGACGAGAUUAACGACAGAGUGCGCUUCCUGCAGACUAUCAAAGACAUAGCCAGUGCCAUUAAAGAGCUGCUGGAUACAGUCAACAACGUCUUUAAGAAAUACCAGUAUCAGAACCGAAGGGCACUGGAGAACCAGAAGAAAGAGUUUGUGAAAUACUCCAAAAGCUUCAGCGACACUCUGAAAACAUACUUCAAAGAUGGAAAGGCAAUAAACGUGUUUAUCAGUGCCAACCGACUCAUCCACCAAACCAACCUGAUCCUCCAGACCUUCAAGACAGUUGCAUAGGAGAUUGAUUCUGCCUUCAAUUUUUUAAAACUACAAUAUAACCUUCAAAUGGAAAAAUGUUGGGGACUGUGUAAUUUAUUAAUCUCGUGGGCCAAUUACUUUGGGAUAUUCAUUCCUUUCUUCUUGUCUGAUUUCUAAUUUCCUUUAAUAGCUGGGUUAAGAGCCAAGAAUUUUUCAUGCCAUUUUUUUUUUUUUUUGCCUCUUUCUUUCUCUCCCACCAUCAUCCUUCACUCCGAGUCUCCAUUCUAUUGUUUUAAAGGAAAACAUUUCCAGACAUUAGUGGAAAGAACAGCUGAUGUUCUCUCUCCACAUACUGGACUUUUCCUGUCCUGUCUAAUACUCUGUGGAGCAAGAGAACUGGCAGACGGGAGAUUGUAUAUUUAAUAAAUAUUUGGUAGCAGAAAUAUUCAAAUAAAUAGACUGCAUCUUGUCUACUA